AACUAAUAUAAGAUUAAUUUUGUUGGUGGAUACAACAGCGCGUGAGGUUGUUUUGUUUAUUUACUGCGGUCUGCAAACUAAAUUACGAAAAUAAUAUGCUAGCAUAGGCUGAGCCGAGACUGGGAGCGACUAGAAGAACAAGAAGCUAACGAUAGCUCACUUUACCAGCAGUGUUGUUAGCGCAUUGAUACCAGUGUAUACUAUCAGAAGAAAAGCACGUGCUAUGUCCCGUAGGUGUAAAUAGGACAGCCCUGAGCAGUAACGGUGAAGUUUACGAGUCGGAUGCUGUCAAACGGGUAAUGGUUGAUGUUCUGUGUUUCAGACCGAAUGGACCGCGGACACACAGGCGUCCCAGUGGAGCACAGCCAUCAGCUCCCUUGCCCUCCAGAAACGGAGACUGCAGCCGCCGCAUGCGCCAAUGGAAGCAAACGGCCUCAGGCGUCCGAGGGCAGGCCGAAGAGAAAGCUAAUCCCCAAACCGGCUCUCGCGUCGCCCUUAACAGAAGGCGGGAACGAGGUGCCGAGGCAAAGGCGCACGAUGAAAAGAGUGAGAAAGGCAGCGGAAAGAGACAAACCAUUCGCCGGGGGGGGCGCCGCGUCGCCGCCAUCCAAAGAGUACCUCGCGGAGGGAUCCGAGGUCACCUAUCGCACCCACGCCUGUCCCAAGUGUCGCCGCUGCUUCAAGAUGCGCUCCCACCUGCAGGAGCACCUCCACCUACACUUCCCCGACCCCGGCCUCCAGUGUCCCGACUGCGAGCGCUACUUCACCAGCAAGAGCAAGCUGCGCGUGCACCGCCUCCGCGAGGCCGGCGACAAGCUCCACCGCUGCCACUUGUGCCAAUACUCCGCCGUGGAGCGCAACGCCGUCCGCCGACACCUCGCCGGCGUGCACGCCGACGAGGACGGCGCGCCGCCGGGCCGCGGCUACCCCUGCCCCGCCUGCGGCGAAAGCUUCCGCCAGAGCAGGUCGCUGAAGGCCCACAUGAAGACGCACAACGUCCCGCCGGGCGGCGAGCCGGCCGCCUGCUUCCAGGAGGGCUGCUCCUUCCGGAGCGCCCUGCGCAAAGAACUGCUGCGGCACGCGGCCGAGGCGCACGGGGUCGAGGCGGCGGAGUGUCGCCAUCACGCCUGCGGCGCCGUCUUCCGAAGCGAGGCGGACAUGGAGGCUCACCAUCGGACGCACCUCGCCUACCACUGCCCCCAGUGCGAGUUCUCUUGUUCCAACAAGACCGUCUUCCUCCGGCACCAGCGGCACGGUCACCCGGGCAGCGACGAGCUCCGCUGUGACUUUUGCUCCUUCGCCACGUUCAACCCCGUGGAGUUCGAGCGCCACGUCGGUCAUCUGCACGCCAACGAGAAGAUCCACCGCUGCCCUCAGUGCAGCUACGUGACCUCGCAUAAACGAGGCUUGAAGCGCCACAAGCUGAUGCACAGUGGUGAGAAGCCCCACAAGUGUAGCCUGUGUGACUUCAGAUGCCGAGAUGAGUCCUACCUCUCGAAGCACAUGCUCACUCACUCGGACGACAAGAACUUCAUGUGCGCCGAAUGUGGAUACGUCACUAAAUGGAAGCACUAUCUGAACGUCCACAUGAGGAAACAUGCUGGGGAUCUCAGGUAUCGGUGUGACCAGUGCUCCUACCGCUGCCACCGCAUGGACCAGCUGAACAGCCACAAGUUACGGCAUCAGGCCAAAUCCCUCAUGUGCGAGAUCUGCGCAUACGCCUGCAAGCGGAAAUACGAGCUCCGCAAUCACAUGUUGGCCAAACACUGUGGCGAGGAGAAACCGCCGUCGGUCUUCAAGUGCAAAUACUGCACAUACAGCACCCGCUACCGACAAGCCCUCCAAAACCACGAGAACUGCAAACACACCAAGCUGAAGGAGUUCCGGUGUGCCCUCUGCUUCUACUCGUCUUUCAGCAGCAUCAGCCUCUUUCUGCACAAGAGGAAAGCUCACGGCUACGUACCCGGCGACAAAGCUUGGCUCGAGAACUACGCCGCCAAGGAGAAAGAGAGGAACUCGACAGAGUUCCUGCGGGACUUUUACGAAAAGCCCUCGGCGGGUCAUGAGCCGCCUGAACCGUCCACCUCUGAAGGACCCUCACCGUCUCAAUGUGAUCUUCCCGGCUCGGCAGAUCCCGGUGCCGGCAAAGGAUCCGUAGCUGGUCCACGAACUGUGGAUUCUGUUGCUCCUUUCGAUAUUGUUAACGAAGGUGUUUCUGACGGUCCUCCAUCUGUGAACAGUCCCGAGGAGUACUGUACCCUCGUCUUCACGACGCUAUCGACCGCAGACUAUCAGACCUCCUCUCCGCAAAGUCCGGCAGAGCACCGCACCGAUCAAGCUCCGAGCACGGCCAAUUUAAACCGUAAUGGCUUUGACAUCUCGCAAGAGAAGGCGGACUCCUCUUCAUCAGAGGAAGACCAUGUCGCUGUGGCGGAGGCAGAGCGUGAUCAAAGCGACUUGGAUAAGAACUUUGUGCCUCCGCGUGACACAAGUCAACCAGUGGAACCGAGGGAGCGUCGGACAUCUGAGGCGGAGAAGGACGCUGGAUCAAUCGGCUCCACUCCUCCAGCCGAGGAGAAUAAGAAGCCGUCGGAAUCUGAGAUCCGCCUGAAAGCCAUGAAGAAGCACGACAAGGACCAAGCGGACGCCAUGGUUUUGGAGGGAAGGGUGCGGAUGCUCGUGGUGCCGGCCAAAGACGUCCAUCGAUGCAACGCGUGCUCUUACGUAACCAGCAAAGGGAGCGCGUUGAGGCGCCACUGCCAGGCGUUGUGCCGGGGCAGAACGACGGGACACAAGUGCCAGGAUUGUGGCGCGCAGUUCAAACAGAGGCGAGGACUUGAUAGCCAUCUUGUAAAGAAGUGCCCGGCGCUCCCACGGAAGAAGACAAAAGCACUCGUAGGCUUUUCCGACGCAGCCGAGGGCGACUCCUCUGGAGGCCAGAGAGGAUCCGAAGAAGCCGACGAGGGGGCGAACGCUCACCGGACAGAACUUCUGAAUCGGAGUUCCACAGGUUCAAACGAUCCGGAAUUUCGUCGGCAAAAAGAAGAGCAGCCGAGCAAAGUUCUGACGAAGAAGGUUCGACUCGCAAAGGAGCAGGAGUCCCUCUACGCCGAGAAGGAAGGGACAUUCCAGUGCAAGCUGUGCAAGUUCUCAUCGGGCAGGCGCACAGCAGUCGAGCGACACGUCUCGCACUGCAGGAAGGUCUCGAGGAAAGGAGGGCGUCGGAUCGCUCCGGAGGCGGAGGAUGAGUCGGAGGACUCGGUGGAGGAGCACGGCGACGGAACUGGGAGGAAUCCAGAGAAACGUCAAGGCGUCUGUGCGUUCGAGUGCAGUCAGAAGAGGGCACCAGACGGCCAUGAGGAGAGCGGCGGCCAGCAGCCGGAUGAGGUCCAAUGCGCCGCGUGUCCUCCGAUCGGUCGCGUCCAUCACGAAAAAGAAGUCGCUGGCGCCGAACGUUUGCGUUGCCAGCUCUGUACCUUCACCUGCACCCAGGGCCGCCGCCUGGCGCUGCACGUCGCGCUCACACACCAAGGCGCUCGGCCUCACCGCUGUCGGCAUUGCCCCUUCAGCACCGCCAGGCGCUACCGCCUGCAGGAGCACGAGUCUCUCCACACGGGCGUCGGCCGCCACGGCUGCGGCGCGUGCGGCAAGAGCUUCGGGGCCGCGGCCAAACUGCGGCAGCACGAGACGCGCGUCCACGCCAAGCGGCCGACGCACGCCUGCUCCCGCUGCGACUUCGCCGGCUACGCGGCGGAUGAGGUGCGGCGGCACGGCGCGCGGUGCCACGCGGGGGAGCAGCGCCACGCCUGCGCUCGCUGCGCCGCGGUGUUCGGUUCGGAGGCCGCGCUGAGAAACCACCGGCGGCGCGCGCACCGGCCCCAGGUGCGUUUCACGUGCGAGCGGUGCGACUUCUCGUGUGGCGGCGAGGUCUCGCUGAAGGCGCACCGGGAGAGCGAGCACCCUCAGGGCCGGUGCAGCACCUGCCGGGAGUCUUUCACGACAAAGGAGGGCCUCGAGAUCCACCGGAGGACCCACCUGGCGCAUCUGUGCCGGCUGUGCCCCUUCGGGACCACGACGAGGCGGCUCUUAGCGCAGCACCUUCUGAGCGACCACGAGGACGGCUCGCCGGAGGACAAGCCCUUCAAGUGCAGCGCCUGUGAGUUUGCGUGCCGCCAUCAGCUGGUGUUGGAGCAGCACUUCCGCUCGCACGGCGGCAAGCGGCUGUACAAGUGCACGGACUGCGAGUAUUCGACCCGCAACAGGCAGAAGAUCACGUGGCACAUUCGCAUCCACACCGGAGAGAAGCCGUACGGCUGCGAGCGCUGCAGCUACGCCUGCACUGACCCGUCCAGGCUGAAGCUUCACAUGAGGGUUCACCAAGAAGAAAAGAAGUACCUUUGUCCAGACUGCGGCUACAAAUGCAAGUGGGCGACGCAGCUGAAGUACCACAUGACCAAGCACACAGGGGUCAAGCCGUACGCCUGUGACCAGUGCGACUACCGCACCAACCGGGCGGACGCCCUGCGCGCCCACCGGGACACGCAGCACUGCGACCUGCGGCCGUACGUCUGCGAGAAGUGCGGCAAAACCUUCAAGACCGCGUUCGUCCUGAAGACCCACCAGCGGCAGCACGGCGACGACCGGCCGUACACGUGCGGCGUGUGCCGCCGGGCCUUCCGGUGGCCGGCGGGCCUCCGGCACCACUUCCUGUCGCACACCAAGCGGCGACCUUUCCGCUGCCGCCACUGCGCCUACGAGGCCAAGCAGAGGUUCCAGGUGGUCAAGCAUUUGCGCAGGCACCACCCGGAGAUGUCGGUGGAGGAGGGGGUGGAGAAGGACUCCGGAGCCGUGAGCCUGACCCUGAAGGAGGCCUUGGAGGGGACGCUGGAGGAGGAGGAAGGAAUGGCUGACUAAGCACAGGCAGUAAAUGAGGUUGUGCAAAGAGAGGAAGACGGCUGAAGACGAUGGAUGCAGCGAUCAGUUCUGAUUGGAGAUGGACAAUCGAGUGAAAUCACUUUUAUAAAACAGUGCAGACCGUGAAAUGAGAUGUGGAUUGAAAGGGAAACCCUGUUUUUAUUCUACGUCCUUUUUGAUAUUGGUUGUGAGUAUUAAGAAACCUUUGUGUGAAUAAAGGAGUCAAACAUG